CGAUUUUGCGGUCACACUUCUCGUUGUCUUUUGCGUUUUCAGUCGUGCACUGGCAAGAUUUUGAAGUCUUGUUAAAAAAAAACUAAGUAUAUAAAGUUGUUAGCUUAUACCAUUUAUUUUGUUUAAAAAAUUAAGAAACAUGGCACUUAAUCCACAAUACGAGGACAUUGGCAAAGGAUUCGUGCAGCAAUAUUAUGCCAUAUUUGACGAUCCGGAGAACCGCGCUAACGUGGUUAACUUCUACAGCGCAACAGACUCCUUCAUGACCUUCGAGGGACAUCAAAUACAGGGAGCGCCAAAAAUACUUGAGAAAGUGCAGAGUCUUAGUUUUCAAAAGAUCACUCGAGUUAUAACCACAGUCGACUCGCAACCCACAUUCGAUGGCGGCGUGCUGAUCAAUGUCUUGGGACGUCUUCAGACGGAUGAGGAUCAACCGCAUGCGUAUAUUCAGACCUUUGUGCUCAAGCCCGUGGGCGUUAGCUUCUUUGUGCAACACGAUAUCUUUAGGCUUGCCCUGCACGAUGUGUAGCCCCCAAAGCAUCCAUCCGGCAGUUGUAAGCAGCGCAGCCAUCGCAGCAGCAUCCACAGCAGCGACAGCGAUCCUGGCCACAGGCAAAUGCGACGAUGAUCCUCCACACGCUUUCUCCCAGGUGUUUGUGCUGAAAACUAAUGCUGGAACUUAUUUCGUAGCUCAUGACAUUUUCCGACUUAACAUCCACAACUCUGCCUAAGUGAUGCGCACCAUCAUCAAACAUCCAGCAUCAACAACAACAAAAAGAACACCAA